AUGGCGUCCGAUAACGGUCACCUCUCCGGCAAUAUCCUGACACUCUUCUUCACUCUCCUCCUCAUCUCUCUGCCCAGCGCAGUCAACUCCAUUCCGGUUUAUGAAAUCGAUUCCAUGCUCUCAGUCCUCAGAGCCAGAGGCUACAAUCUCUUCUGCAACGCCAUCGCCGUCUCUGACGUCCUCUACGAUGUCAUCGACGGAUCUAACUUCACAUUCUUUGCUCCCACCGACUCGAAUCUCUUCGCUCUCGACAUGACCAACACGGCGUCGGACUACACCACCAUUCUCCGGUACCACGUCGUUCCACAACGCCUCGCUCUCGACGAUCUCAGAGGACUUCCCUCUGUUACUGUCUUCGAUACGAUGCUGAAAAAUCGUGAUAUUCUUAUUGAGAGGAGGCCAGGGCCGGAGUAUGACGUCAUCACCGUCGACGGAGUUGCUGUUGUUAUGCCUGGCUUGUUCUAUGGCAGAGAUGUUGCUGUUCAUGGAUUGGGAGGAAUUCUUAGUCUAAGGUCUCAGAUUGCAUCGCGUCAUUUAUCGCCACAAAUGACGCCUCAGCCUGCACCUGCAAAUUUCUUCGUUGAUAAUAGUUCACAAUCGCCGGCGGUAGAUCACCGUUCAGCGUCUCCUUCGCCGGAAGAUUUCAUUGGUAAUCUUAAUUUCUCACUUCCGCCAGUAGGUCAUAUCCAUGCGCCACCUCCAGCAGCUAAUUUCACCGGUAGUCAAAGCUUUUCCUCGCCGGUGGUCAGUCCGGUCGUGUCUCCGGUGCCUGAAACUGUCAGUAUUCAUGUAAUUUCACCGGCGGUUUCUCCGGGAGAUGCUUCCCUUUCUUCGGCAAAUGAUUCUUUGCCGAACAUUUCAUCCGAUCAGACUUUUGCUUCAAGGAUUGAACCACCGGUGCCGGCUAUAUGUCAGACUGAUAAUCCCGAUACUGAUAAUCCCGAUGUUCUUUGGCUCUCUGACUGCGAAACAUACGAAGAUCACCACGGAGACCCAAAACUGAUGCAAUUGAGGAUGACUUCCCUGGUCGGAUUAGUUGAUAAGGAAGAAGAAGAAGAACUCAGGGACAAGAAUCCAUUUCCCGGUGCCAUACCGGUGGUGACACCGGAGGUGAUGGUCGGAGUCACGGAUAAGACGCCGGACAAGUCUAAGCCGUUUGAUGAGAAAACUUUUGACUGCCCAGUGACCGAUGAUGAAACCACACUGGAGCACUUCAUCUACCCCACAACUACUUGUUCUACAUAA